UGGUAUACGCCAUAUGACGACACGAAGUAACAUGAGCGACGCAACUUGUGUGAAGCAAACAGUCACAUUACGACUUCUCACAGCUGUACUACAUAGCUUUGGCAAUUACUAUCAUAAAAGUAUUUUGGAAACUACUCUCCGGCGGUAAGAUCAAUUUGUAUUUACUUGACAGAAGCUAGAACGCGAACGAUUUCCGCUGACAAACUCGAGAACACAGUUAAAAGUAAGUGGCGAAAACUGAAGACAGAAACAUUAAAAUUUCGUAAAGAAGAUCGGGGACGUAUAAAAUGGAUGUCAGCCGCAAUAUUCUGAAAGGAAUCCGAUCAAACGUAGCCAGAUCGAUGAUUUCCAUUCUUCUAAACAUAUCGCUAUACUCCAUAUAUUCGAUUGUUAAUUAUUCCUCGAAGAAUCUUCCUUCCGAAUCACUAUUGUCGUCUUAUGAUUUCAUAGUCAUAGGCGGUGGUUCUGCAGGAGCCGUGGUAGCGAGUCGGUUGUCCGAGAUAAAAGACUGGAACGUACUCCUCUUGGAAGCAGGUGGCGAUGGAAGCUUUAUAUAUGAUAUUCCGAUUACUGCCCCCAAUCUGCAGCUCACAGAGAUCGACUGGAAAUACAAGACGGAACCCGGUACCAAGUACUGUAGAGCGAUGGAGGAGGGUCGUUGCCUGUGGCCACGUGGCAAAGCGAUCGGAGGCAGUAGCGUGAUAAAUUACAUGCUCUAUAUUCGUGGUAACAAAAAAGAUUACGACAUCUGGGAACAACUAGGCAAUCCAGGAUGGUCCUACAAGGACGUCUUAACCUAUUUUAAAAAAUCGGAAGACAAUCGGGAUCAGAACUACACCAAUACUCCGUAUCAUUCGACGGGAGGUUACCUAACUGUCGACAAAUCACAAUGGCACAGUCCACUGGCCGUUGCGUUCCUUCAAGCAGGACGCGAAAUGGGUUACGAGAAUAGAGACAUUAAUGGAGAACGGCAGACUGGCUUUAUGACUCCUCAGGGAACCAUUAGACAAGGAAGCCGGUGCUCCACGGGGAAGGCCUUCCUACGGCCGGCCAGCAGGCGUAAGAAUUUACACGUCGCUAUGCACGCCCAUGUUACGAAAAUUUUAAUAGAUCCGUCGUCAAAGAGAGCUUACGGUGUAGAGUUCUUUAGAGACGGAAGGACUUUGCGCGUUCGUGCCAACAAGGAGGUGAUAGUUUCCACAGGAUCUAUCAACAGCCCUCAAUUACUGAUGUUAUCUGGAAUAGGACCUGGAGAACAUUUAGCAGAACACGGGAUACCAGUGAUUCGGAAUUUAAGUGUAGGUCAUAAUCUUCAAGAUCACAUAUAUGCGGGCGGCAAUCUGUACUUGCUGAAUGAAAAAGUAUCGUCGGCAGAGAGCCAGUUGUAUGAUAUCCGAAAUAUGCUAGAAUACGCCUUAUUCGGAACCGGCCCAUUAACUCUCUUAGGAGGAGUCGAAGGAGUAGCUUUUAUCAAUACCAAAUAUGCGAAUGCCUCCGACGAUUUCCCAGACAUACAACUGCAUUUUGUGCCAUUCAUUCAGAGCACCAUACGCUACGAUAUUUAUAAAUCUCUUCACGGUCUGUCCACAGAAUUCUUUGAUACUGUAUAUGGGAAUUUGAUCGACAACGACAUGUGGAUCGUGCUUCCUACACUUUUAAGACCGAAAAGCAAAGGUAUCAUAAAGCUUCGAAGCAGCAAUCCCUUCGAUCAUCCGUUGAUUUAUCCCAACUACUUCGAAAAUACAGAAGAUGUGGCGACAAUGAUAGAAGGAAUUAAGUUUGCGGUCGAGAUGAGUAAAACUGCAUCAUUUAGACGUUAUGGAAGCAAAUUUUUACCGGUACCAUUUCCUGGCUGCAAGAAUAUUCCUAUGUAUACCGAUCCAUACUGGGAGUGCGCGAUCAGAUUCUAUGCCACGACUGUAUAUCAUCCAGUGGGUACUUGCAAGAUGGGACCUAAUUCGGAUCCAACAGCUGUAGUAGACCCUCGGCUUCGAGUUUACGGAGUCACCGGACUUCGAGUCAUAGACGGCUCGAUUAUGCCAAACAUAGUCAGUGGUAAUCCCAAUGCCCCGAUUAUCAUGAUCGCGGAGAAGGGUUCCGAUAUGAUAAAAGAAGAAUGGUUGAUGAAGUACGGUGCAAAGUGAGUAGGAAGUACAGGAAGUUGGAACUUUUGGAUUCUUAAAAUUGUACUGAAUAUUAUUGUGAUUAAACGUAUUGUUUUUGGGGGAAGAUUUUACCAUUGAUUAGAAUGGUAAAAUCGAUUAUGAUUCUAAUUUCUUGUGGUGUUGUAUUAGGUAUGAUGUAAUGUUUGUUAGUUAGAGUACUAGUAUUUUACGCAUCUUCGUCUGAAUGACAUUACGUUUUACUGUUGUUACUAUUGUUUUUAGUGCAAUACUGCAGUUGAUUUUGCUCUCAAUUAGUUCUUUAAAUAUUUACCAUUUGGUGGUUUUAUUGCAAAGCGACUCUGGUUUAUUGUAGAGUAUUGGCUUACUUAUAUAUUCUAUUAAUAUCAGUGUAUGAUCAAUUAAGCUCAAGACUGGGUGUUAUUUUUAAUUUGUUUAGCCUCUUUAUAACUGAAAAAUCAAACAAAUCAGGUAUUUUGUUUAGAUCUGUCGACCAGUAUGUUGGUCUCCCUGUGGAUAAUAUAUUGAGAUUACUAGAUAUAUUUUUAGUAUUCUACCUCAAGAUAUGUUAAUUUUUGAGCCCCAUAGUAUGUGAUUUGCAUUGAAGUCUCCCGGUGCAAUGUAUAUGUCACCUAAGGAUUGAAAAUACUCUUCCUAUUUUUGUAAUGUCAUUUUGUGUCGCAGUGGUGCAUAUACUGCUGACAUCUAGAAGUAAUUGCUAUUAGUUUGUAUCGUAACGAUGGUGCUGCUUGAACGUGUUCCUGACUAACUUGACUAUGUAUGUGAUGUUUGCUAGCAAUUUACUCGAGGACGGUUAGCAUCCUUCCUUACCUACUAACUUAGUAAAUUAGCCAAUUAACAGCCACGACCAUUUCCCUCACUUUCCCAACGAAAACUUUCCUUAACGAAGCCAAUGAUCUCGUAUCCUUAGAUACACCAAUCACAGUUUUCCUCCGCAGCAUUAUCGUCACAGAAAACACAAUUCCUCGACGUACCUUGAGCAGUCAUCAUCUUAACUUGUAGCGCGCACUCUGCUCAGUCGCUAUCUUAACUCGAUCGGUAUCGUUCGAGAUGUAACCGAGAAGCGCGAAUCGUCAAUUGUAGUCGCAAGCUCUACGUAAAGUGUCGAAAGCGAUUAUUGUUAAUAAACAUACUGUUUAAACAUU